AAGCUUACAUUAGGCGUGGUGAGAACUUCAUGUGUCGUCGUCCGUGAGCUGCGUGUCUCUACUCGUCAGGGGUCUGUGGUCGAGCUGUCCGGACACCUUAACGUCUAGCCCACGAACCUUUUGAUAGAACACAGCCGAAGGUAACAGAUUCCAAAGGCGGGGAAGAUGGCAACCAAGUUGGCAGACAAGGACAUGAACGAGUUGAAAGGAAAUGUUCUGAUCGGUCGGGUGGACUAUCUCAGCGCUGAGCUGGGCGAUCCUGCCAGGUACUUCCCUGCCCUCAGAGCCAAGGGCGUCCUUUUCCCGGAAGAUUGUGAGAAAAUCAAGGCUAAAGUCACGGCCAGUGAAAAGGUGUACGAGAUGAUAGAACUGAUUCACAGUCGCCACUCGGAGAGGGACGGGCAUGCCAUGGAUGUGCUGAUGGAGGCACUGAGAAAGCAGCGUGUCCAGGCCCAUAUAGCUAGAGAACUGCAGCGUGCGCUGGCCAGAGCCAAAGACCAGAGGAGAGGAGAUGGAACACCUAGUCCAAUGUCUCCCCAAUCUAACCCCCCAGUUAACGUCCCCACACGUAAGACAAUACAGUCUCUCACAUGUUGCAUUCUGCUGUCUCUUGUCUCGCUCACAGACCGGCAGAGUUCUCUGGCCAGUGUCUCCACGCCAGGAUCAAAACUGACCACUCCUGCUACUUCUGCUGGUUAGCUGUGUAUGUACCUCGUCCCACCAGAGUCUCAUUUGCCAUCCUUCUCUCAGGCAAUUCUCUGGCCAGCAGUCCGCACCGCAGCAAGUUUGACAUGCACCCUCAGUUUGGAGCUCUCCCCCCUGGCAUGCCUGGCGUAACCCUCCCCCCUGCUCCCGUGCAGCCUUCCCCUGACAUUGACCCUGUGUUUGGAGUGCGGCCAAGAACUCCGCCCCAGCGACGAGGUGCCUUCAGACCAGUUCAAGAAGGAGGCACUCAUGGACUGGGGGAAGUGGCCACAGGCUUAUCUGGGCACUUCACCAGCAGUGCCAGCGACUCUCUGAACACUGCCACUACAGACAGUUUCUCCCUGCCCUACCAGAACGGUGAAGGCGAGAGGCCGUCAGGAAUGGAUCGAAGGUUCAGCGACAUUUCCUACACCACGACUUCCGUCUACAGCACCACCAGCACGGAGCAGAGUGCUCUGGACUAUGGGAGCAGGGACCACAGGGAGCACAAGCUGCAGGAGAUGGAGGCCAGGUACGAUGAUCUGCGGACCAUGUAUCAGAAGAAAGAGCAGGAGGUUGUCAACCUCAAGAAAGAAAACGCAUACCUGAGAGAAAAAUACAGGGAGAUGCAGGACCAGAAUAUGGAUCUGAAGAAGCAAUACGAGCAGUUGCGAGAGAAGAUAAGGAACCACACCAUCACGGAACAGAAGCAGAUUCUGGAGAGCUACCGGCCAGAGAAGAUGGAAGGCUCAGACGAAGUGGCACAGCUGCGUCGCCAACUGCAGGAGAAAGAUGAUAAGAUGGCUCUGCUGGAGAAACAGGUGGAGCAGUACCAGCAGGACAACGUGCAGCUACAACUUUCCCUCUCCAGCAACUCGGCACGGCCUCAUCAUCUGCCAAUUGGUUCUCCCAUGGGGCGACCACCUGCUAUUCAUCGACCAACAUGCACACCUGCCCGCUCCCCGUACCAAGGAGUGGACACACCAGCCCGCUCUCCUUACCAGGGUGGUAUCAGCGGACCAGCCACAGGAACUGGAAUAACUCCGAUGAAGAGUGUGCGAAUUGGCGACAGCCUCAACCAGCACAACAUCCACCUUCAACAGUCCCGAGGCUCGCGUCGCGAUAGCCCCGCAUUCUCUCCUGCCAAGGACUCCGGGGCAGGGAAGAGGCUUUCGAGUGGUUCAGGGGACAACCCCAUGGGAGAGACGUACUACCAGUCCAGCAACUCUUCCCUCAACUCCAGUGGCUCUAAAGGCAGUGCUGGAGUCACCCUCCAGACCACACCCAAUGCAGAGCACAGUACCAUGGUCUAGUGACCUCACUCAGGACUCAUUGCCAUGUAUUAAUUAUGUAUGUAUGUGUGUUAUACAUGUGUGUAGAUAGUCCCGUUUUUACACAAUGUUUUUUCUCACAAAACAAAAAUGUUUUCUCGCUCAAAAAAAAGAUCUCCGGAUCAUGACAAAUUAAUGUGGAAAAAAUAGCAAAAGGCAACACAAUAAACUUUGAAAUAAUCUGCCAGCCCUCCAUCUCUCCAGACAGACGCAGUGCUAUGCCGAACUAUACGCUGCCUUUUGAGAAACGUGGGUCAGUGGUAGAUUUGUGGGUAAGGGGAGAACCAGAGCU